AUGAUGGACGGAAACGCCGUGUACGUCAGCUUCAACAGGUGCGAGGACACCAUACGUCAUUCCUUUCUCAGCCAUAUCUCUGCGGAGUUUCACCGACGGCGAAUCACUUGCGAAUACCAUGUAAGUGAUCAUGAUCGUGUCCCCGAGGAGCGUGAUGCCGCAAUAGCCAAGUCUAAGGUUUCUCUGGUGAUUCUAUCUGAGGAAUACGCUUUCUCCAAGCAAUGCCUAGAUGAAUUGUUGAACGUCUCCGAGUGCCGGGCUAAUAACGACCUGGUGGUUGUUCCAGUUUUCUACGGAUUUACGAAAUCGGCAUUGAGGAAACAAUGCUUGAAACUGAAAAAUAAGUAUCCUGACGAUCGGGUAGCUGACUGGCGUCGCACUCUAUUGGAAAUCGCUGACUUACCAGGGCACGCAUCAUCUCUUGAACGAAGCGACUCUGAACUUGUACAAGAGAUUGUCGCAGAUGUACGUCAAAAGCUUGAUCUUACGAGUAUGAUUGGAAUCUACCCUAGAUUGAUGGAAAUAGAAAACUUGCUUUGCAAGCAACCAUGGAGCGUCCACAGUUUAGGGAUUUGGGGCAUGGGAGGUAUAGGGAAGUCGACACUUGCUGAAGAAGCUUUCAAACAACUCUCAGGUGACUACGAAGCUGCUUGCUUCAUCAAAGACUUCGACAUAGCCUUUCAGGAGAGAGGAGCCUACGGAUUGUUGGAAGAACACUUGGGGAAAAAGCUUGGCUUAAAAAAUCCUGUUACAAGAGAAAAACUACGCCAUAAAAGGAUUAUGGUUGUUCUCGAUGAUGUGCACAAGCCGGUGGGUGCAACGACUUUUCUUAGCUGGUUUGACUUGCUUGGUCCAAGAAGCUUGAUUAUCAUAACCUCACGAGAUAAACAACUACUUGUCCAAUGUCGAGUCAAAGAUAUUUAUGAAGUUCAAGGCUUAGACGAGCUCGAGGCUCAGCAGCUGUUUUCCCAACGUGUAAUAGAUGAGAUCAAUUCCCCGAAGUUGGUUGAAUAUAAGAAGAAUCUCCUGAAGUUGGUUGAAUAUGCUAAUGGAAACCCUUUAGCUCUCCGUAUCUAUUGCAGUGAAUUGGAGGGCAAAAAGCCGCCGGAAUUGGACAGUGCAGUCCUGGAACUCAAGGGGCAUCUUUCCGAUAAGAUUUUCGAUGCAUUCAAGAAAAGCUAUGACGCAUUAAGCGACAGCGAGAAGGAGAUUUUCCUGCUCAUUGUGUGUUUCCUUAGAGGGGAAAAUGUCGAAUAUGUGAUGCAAUUGCUUUCAGGGUGUGGAUUCUUCCCACAUGUUGGAAUUGAUGCUCUUGUGGACAAAGGUUUGGUUUUUCUUUCUGAUAACAGAGUGAAAAUGCAUGAUCUGAUCUAUGACGUUGGCCUCAAAAUCAUCCGUGACCAAAGAGAAGAGACCGAGAUGGGUUAUAGAUUCUUGGAUGCUUCCAACAUUCAAUCUAUCCAAGAAGAGAAUGAAGAGCCCAAAGAUACACCUAAACAGGAAACUGAAGAUAUUAAAGCCAUAACAUUGGACGCAUCAAAUUUAGCUUCGACAGAUCAAGUUGCGUUCCAGCAUAUGUAUAACCUUAGGUAUAUGAAGAUCAUUCACAGUUCCGAAAAGAAUCAUGAUUUCUGCCCUCAAUCUAUGCCCCUAGAGCUAAGACUUCUCCAUUGGGAAAACUACCCCUUUCGAUCAUUUCCACUAGAUUUUGAUGAUAUUCAGCAUCUUGUUGAACUCAACAUGCCAUAUAGUAACUUGAAGAAACUUUGGGAAGGAAACAAGAGUCUUGAGAUGUUGAAGAGGGUCACGCUCAGACAAUCCAAACAAUUGGAAAACGUUGAUGAACUUCGAUUUUCUCGAAAUAUCGAGGAAAUUGAUCUUCAAGGAUGUUCAAGGUUAAAACGUUUUCCAGACAUGGGUCAAUCACAACAUCUCCGAGUUGUGAAUCUCUCAGCUUGCAUAGAGAUCAAUGGUUUUCCAAAUGUUCCAUCAUCUAUUAAGAAGUUGCAUCUCCAGGGAACUAACAUAAGAGAACUACCUUUUAUGAAUUAUUCAUCAGAAAGCAAGGGCCUUUCAGAUGACCAGAGUCAUCUUGAAGGAUUAACAAGUCAGGUAAAUGUUAGCUCUUCAAACCAGAUCAUGGUUACUUUUGAGUCUCUCGAAGUUCUCAACCUGUCUGGUUGCUUGGGACUAGAGGUGGUUAAAGGUUUCCCACCAAACCUGAAAGAGUUAUAUCUGGCUAAGACUUCCAUAAAAGAAAUAUCAUCUUCUCUGUGUCAUCUCUCUCAACUUGUUACACUUGAUGUGGAGGACUGCAAACAGCUUAUGGACCUGCCAAUGGGAAUGAGUGACAUGACAUCUCUUACCACGCUGAAACUUUCUGGCUGCUCCAUGCUUGAGAAGAUUCAAGAUCUACCAGAAAACCUCAAAGAGUUAUAUCUGACCAGCACUGCGGUAAGAGAAUAUCCAUCAUCAUUAGGGGAUAACCUCUCGAAACUCGUUAUAUUAAGUUUGGAGAAUUGCAAAAGGCUUCAACAUUUGCCAAUGGGAAUGAGUAACUUAGAAUCUCUAGUCACACUUAAACUAUCUGGUUGCUCGGAACUGGAGGAUAUAGAUGAUUUUCCUGAAAAUCUUAAGGAGAUAUUUCUUGCUGGCACUGUCAUAAGAAAAUUGCCAUCGUCGAUCGUGGAUCUCUCUGAACUUGCUAUAUUAGAUUUAAAGAAUUGCAAAAGGCUCCGAGACCUGCCAGAGGGAAUGGUGAACUUGAACCCCCUCGAAGUUCUUGAUCUGUCUUAUUGCUCAGAGCUGAAGGUAUGCACUAGCUCCCUACCACAAGCCAAAGACAUACGUCAAUAUAGGAAGGUCGACAUGACAACUCCAGCAACGGAGAAUGAACCACAGCAGACAUUGAGCAAAUUAGAUAUUAGAUAUGUAGUUAGCUUUAUCUUGAUCGUUUUGAUUUAUGUGUAUUUUAUUAAGAAUAUGUUUUAUUUGAAUGCCUAUUAUAUGGUCCAUUAG